UUCCCUGGAGAAAGCUUCUUAACAGGCUUGAAAUCUCUUCAUCUCUCCUCUUUUAUCUAUACUUUCACAGGUGGCAUCACAUGCCCUACACCCAUGUCUGUUGAACAUGCAGACAUACGGGUCAAGAACUACAAUUUGAGUUCCAGGGAGCGGUAUACUUGUAACUCUGGCUUCAAGCGUAAAGCUGGAACAUCCAGCCUGACUGAAUGUGUGCUUAACAAGACCACAAACACUGCUCACUGGACAACUCCUAAUCUCAAGUGCAUCAGAGAUCCCUCCCUGACUCACCAAAUGCCUGUGUCAUCCUCCACACUAGCACCAGCAAAGGUGAUCCCACAACCAGAGAGCUUCACCCCUUCUAGGAAAGAUGCUUCUUCAGACAAUUCCACAGCUGUCACUGGGAGUUUCUCAGCUGUCACUGUGGCAGUCUCCACAUCUGUCCUCCUGCUUACUGCAGUAGGUGUGCUACUUUUUUGUUUAUGUUACAAAAAAACAAGGCAAUAUCCCCCAACACCGAACGUUGAAAUGGAUAAUAUAGAAGAUAUGCCAAUGACUGCAGAGACUAGCAACAGACAAGAAGAUACAGAAGACUACCAAUACAACUUAUGAAACUCAAGGGGAAAACCAAGCCCAGAACUUCUAAAGUAUAGGAGCCAACUCUGCUUUGGUAAAGGAGAACGUAGAAAAAGCUCAAGGAGUUAAGUGUCAGGAAAAAGCCCACCAGAAUAAUAAAACAUCCCUGGCUUUACUUUCCCUACGGUGCUCAGCCGAGGCAUCUCCUGUAUGGGUAGGUUCUCCAGCCAUAGAUGGAUUCUGACUGACUGUCAUGUCACGCCGCCGGUGUAUGGGCCAGGUUCCCAAAGUCAGAGCCAUUGAAGCUUUCCAGGGAGAGGUUGAAGGCUUCAGGUCUUCCUCAUUAGGGUUUUUGUUUCCUUAUAACGUUUCAGGACAGUUUAUCAGCUUGACUAUCUAUUGUGUCCCUCAUCCUGACUUGUAGUUUACAAAUAAAAGAAUACCUGAGGCUCUAAGUUAAUUACAAGGCUCUUCCUGGCUUGAAGAUGCCUAAAGGAUGACACCAGCAUUUCAGCUCCUAAAAACUCUAUCUUCAGUUAGGUACUCCACAGUGCAGUGAAAGGGAGCAGUGACCUGGUGGAAGAAAAGCCAUACCCAAUGGAUCCUCUUGAUUUAAGGAUUCAGAAAGAAGAAAACUGAACUCAGUGACAUUUUACAUAUGUAUGCAUUUAUAUUUAUACUUCUCGUCUACUAUAUUUACAUACGAUAUGAUUUGUAUUUUGAAAUUGUACCUUGUAUAAAUAAAGUAAAAUGUCUAUUUUCAAUACAAAAAAACAUAUGCACUAAAAGAAUCACUGAGAGGAAGAAAGAGCAGGAAUGUACAGUCCAAAAUGAUUGAGCUCAGCUUUUCUCUCCGAAAGGAGAAAAAAGCUUGCCAAAAGAUGGAUCAGAGCACAGUUUUGGAGAAUUUCUAACAGAAUUUCCAUGUGGGAAAUCAUGUAAGAAGCAACAUGAUUUAAUCUAGACA